AUGGUAGCAGAGGAAAUUGAAGAAACAAUCGAUGAAGUUGACACCUCCGGCGACAACAAAAAGAUGCAACCAGAUGGGUUAGAGCGCUUGGAGUUUGAACAACGCAUUAAGAGAGACUGCACUCGCCAGCAGUUCUUGAAGGAAUCGACCGGUGAUAGCCUACCCAGAGGUCACCAGCAAAACCUCGCCAUUACCCCAGUAAACCACCUGGAGAUUCUUGGGCAUAUCAUCAAAACAGCCGCCAAAGAAAUUAAGAACUUCGCCGAACUCAAUGAAGAGUUGGGAGUUGAACAGAUAAAGGAGAUCUUACAAGAAGGUCUGAACCCAGCUAUCCCGUCUAUAUCUAUAUGCCAGGGUGGGCUGUUCGGUUCAGAAUCAAUCAAAGAGCUGGGCCAACAUGCCGAGAGCCCUGUGCAUUCAACAAAGGCAAGUGUAUACCUGCAUAUCCUCUCACCAAAAUCCUGCCCGGGCAGGUUCUGCCUGUAUAUUGGACAGAGUGCCUGCCUUAAGCAGCGCAUUAACGAUGGCAUUCGUGGCCGGCUUACCAAGGAGAGCCUGUCUCUCCAUUACUCUGUGUGGAACUCCGAAGAGAUGGAGUCAACGUGGGUGGGCCUGUAUACCCACCAAGGCCACCCAGACUUGCUCCCCAGGCAGGACCGGCUGCUUUUGAAUAUGGCAGAGAUGUGGCCAUGCUGCGUUUUCCAGACCUUAACCGCUCACCACCUGGAUCAAUACCUCCCCAAUCAUUAUGAGGAGCCCUGGGCCGGCUAUCACCUUAAUGUAGCCCUACCCCUCCUGCAACCCUUCUCGGUAAAAGAGAAGGCAGAAGCCACCGUUUUAAGAAAUCGGGAGUCUUUUGGGAAAUACAUCGCCGCCAGUCCCGAUGACCGGGAAUGGGCAACAGGCCUAAGGGCAGCAUUCCAUGCCCUUAGGGACGCCCCGGACCCGGUCAUUUGGGGGUAUCACAAGGAAAGGCUAGGGGAGAGUUUGAAAGCAGCCCACAAUGCCAUCCAACAAAGAAUAAUCACCAGCAUGCGGGAGUACCUCUCUGGAAAAGAGGAGAGGGUCAAUGUCGAUGUCUUCACGCGGAGGGAGUAUAGCUGGGAGAGGACCUGGUCUUCAUGCGGCGGGACCCAAAUUGCAAUAUCAGUAGAUUUUGGUCUAAAUCUACACCAAGGCGAUUCGUUGUUCGUACAAUUACACCUAGCAGAGGCCAUCCACCCAUAUAAGUACACCACCAUGGCCGGGCCUAAUGACCCCGCCCGCAGACUCGCAAUAUCAAUAAGCCGCCGGGACUAG